AUGUCGGAAUUACCCACACGCGGCAGAAGCUCCACUAGGGGAGGACGGGCUGGACUCAGUCGUGGAGGCCCGCGCGCCUCCAGAAAGCCCAAUGGCACAUCAAACGACGCAGCUUCACUUGGGCACUCGCUCGAGGACCAAGGCGAAGUCGGCCAGCUCAAGAAGAAGUACGCCAACCAGAUAGCUAUGCUCAAGGACAUGUUUGGUGCCGACUGGACCGAUACCGAUCUCGCACUAGUACUGAACGAUGACAACGGCGAUACCAGUGCUGUCGCCGAGAAGAUCAUAAGUGGCGCUGUUACUCCAUUCGCUGAGGUGAAGAAGCCUAAGGAUCGCGCUCGCUCUAAGGUCCCAGAGGAGGCCACCACAGCAGGCGCAACUGAUAAGUCGGGCUUUGGCACCAGGGGUGCUCGAGGCAGAGGUGGCUUUGAGGGCGCCAGAGGCGGUCGUGGUAGAGGCUCAGACCGAGGCAGGGGCGGACAUCGCGGAGGACGUGGCGGUCACGCGACCACGAACGGCACGAGCACCACGAAGGACGGUGAACCAGCUUCCGUUCCCACCACCGAGUCGACUGCAUGGGAUACAUCGGCUACCACGGAGGCUGCUACCGGUGGAUGGGACGACAAUGCUGCACCAAAGGCAGCUGCUAAGACCGCAGCCACGCCCGCAGCGCCCAACCCUGCUCCAGCCCUGGAUGUGACCACAAGCUCUGCGGCUCAAGGCGCCAGUGAUAAGAUGCCCUGGUCUGCCUUGUUCAUCAAGAAGCCGGAGCCCGCUCCUGCGCCAGUACCGCCAAAACAGAUAUUGACGAAGCCACCACCCGCAGCCGAGCUUCCAGGAGAAUCUGGAGAGCCCGCAGCCGAAUUACCAGUUGACCCACCAGUAAUGGAAGAAAAGAAGGAAAUCGUCCCAGAAGAGCCAGAGACGGCUGCACCUGCUAUCGAAGAGCCGGCUUCAGAGCCUGCCAUCGAAGCCACGCCAGAUCCUUUGACCGAAGAGAAUGUAGAACACCUCCCCGACGCAUCUAUCCCACCAGCCACGCAGACUGCCGCUAGCACCGCAGGAUCUGUUGACCCGCGAAACCUUACACCGCUCCCAACCCAACCAGCGCCGAUCGGACGGCCACCCAUAAGUGGCUAUGCUGCAGCUGCGAAUCGCCUGGCAGGAACCGGAGGCCGUAGUGCUAGCUUCCAACGCCGAGUGCAAGAGCAGCAAGAGGCAGUUGUAAUGCCAGGACAUAAUGCCAUGGACAGGACAGCGCUUCAAUUUGGCAGUAUGGGCUUGAAUGGCGAGCCCGAUCCGGAUGUUGAUGAGGAGCGCGAAGAACCGGAAACCAGACAGGCACCGCAGAGUAAGCCACCUAGUCCUGCCAGACUACCACUGCUCGGAUCGCAAGGCCAGCAGCCGCAGCGUCGCCGCAUUGAUAGCCUCGCUUUGAAAGCCCUUCGUUCAGAUGCUAAUCCAUUGCCUGUAGGUAGCCCACCAUCACAACCACGAACAUCCCUCCCUCCAGCUCCCCAGGUUGCCCAACAGCCAAUACUGCAAGAGAACUCCACGCCAAAGCAGGCACCAGGUCUUCCACCAGCGUCUGCGCAAAACCAGCAGCAGAUACAGGAUGGGGCACUCGGACAAAGCCAACCAGAGACAGUCUCUCAAUUCAACAACAGCCAUCACGGUCAACAACCGCAACACCCAGCUGGAUUCGGCCUUUCAUCUGCGCCCAGCGACUACUCCCAAUACUAUACUGCCGAUCAGCGCAACGCAUACAACCAAUAUUAUGGUAAUUCUUACAGCCAGGAAUCACGACCUCAGGCUUCUCAGCCACAGGGGCACGAUCCAAUCGGACCACAGCGCUCGACCAGUGGCUUUGGUGCUGGGCCAAACGACUCGGCUUUCGGCACUCAAGGACAACCUCAAGGCCAGGCAAUCGGCCAGUCUCAGUCUCGCUUCGCUGAGGCUCCUGGUUCUGGGAACAACACCCCAAAUCCCGUCUUGGCUCAACAGCAGUCAGUGCCGACUUCACAGGCCCAGCAACACUCAAUGCAUGCUGCUCAAGGACAUCAUCAAGGCGGAUACAGCAGCUCCUUCCCAUAUGGCCACCCGAACUACAACAGCCCAUACCAACAGGCUUAUGCCAACCAGUUCUAUGGCGGAAACCAAUUCGGCGGCUAUGGCGGCGCAGGUGGAGGAUAUCAAGGCAAGCAGGGUGGCAUGCACGGAGCACCAUACGGCUACGGAAUGGGCUCACAGUCUUCGUACGACCACUACUCGUCUUCUCCAGGAAACACUGGCGCAUUUGGACAGAACCAGCAAACUUCGAUGCGAAGUGCAAGUGGGAUGGGCUCUGCACUCGGAGGUAUUGACGACUAUGGCCGCAGCUCAGCUCAGUCCGGCUCUCACCAGCAGAGCAGUGCUUAUGGCGGAAUGAGCAACGACCCGUUCGCUCGCACGGCGUCCGCAUAUGGCUCGCAGGGCAACUACGGACAGCAGAAUGUAGGAGGUGGCCAGGAGGACACUUUGAAGUCUUACGACACCUCAAAGAGCGGGCCAUCUCCUGCACUCGGACAGCCUGGUCGGCCUGGAUCCGCCGCUAACAGCGGUGUGAACAACACACAAUCUGGCUUGCCUCCGCCACAGGGUCAACAGUCUGCUUUUGGUGGUAGCUACCCAGGAUUUGGAGGUCAAGGCAGCCAGUAUGGCGGCCUCGGGGGUCUUGGUGGCCAUGGACAAGGCCAAGGACAUAGCAACCAAUUUGGAGGUUACGGCCGCGGCAUGUAUAACCAAUACGGUAGUCAACAGGGCGGCUGGGGACAGAACUACACCCACUAG